AUGUUUAGGCGAACCUCCCGGCGGGCACUCGGGUACACACCUGUGAACCCGGAUACCUCGCCCAUGAUCGCCUACAGCCAGUACCAUUGGCACUACAACCUUCCACAGGGAAUGGAGCGGCCACAUGCGGUCAACAGAACGAUGUCGGCCCCCUACCAGAGUCCUCACUCACUUGUCAACAAGUACCGUGGCGUGUGGAUUGAGUUUGAUAUGCAUCCCGCGUUUCGUGUUGCUUUAGAGCCGCAGUUAUGUAAGCUGCCCCACGGCCGUACUCUCCCCAAGACUGCUGUUGAGGAGGUUAUCUCGGAUUUCACAAGCAUGGCUCCACUCAUCGAUGACGAAAUGACAAGGGACCUUUGGUUAGCCAAGGUGUUUCAGCAUUGUGCUUUCCAGCGAAGUGGUGAUGCUAUGCUUUUAUGGGAGAAGUAUUGUCAUCCACGUUUUGCGGCGGACGAUGCUACAGCAAAGCCACCACUCCCUUUGGUGAAAGCCGCUUUAUUUUUUUGCAGCAAGACGGACCACAGUGGAUGGAAGCCCAUCUUUGAGAAAUGCCUAAAAAACGGCUGGAACUUUACUCCUCUUUUCGACACGGCGCAGUGGAGUUUCCUCUUGAAGAGUGUGGGCCGCAUGGGUGACGAGCAUGGCGUGCGACUCCUGUUGGAAGAGAUGCUAGAUGUGCAAGCUGAUCUGGAUCGCGUCGAGUCCCGAUCCAUCAUUAUCGCACUCAACGCUGUGAAAGACAACAACAAUUACGAAUUCCUGAAAAAAUACUUGUUUAACUUUGGUGAACGCAAGGUGAAGUUCCUUCGCAUCACGUACUCAGACCUUCGAGGUCAUGGUGCGGGGAAACUGCGAGUUCCCCUUGAGGAGAACGACAAGGUGUAUUAUCACGUCUGCUGGCACAACAGCAUACGCACUCCGCGAGAGUUCUCACCACGUCAAUUAUACUUUGACCACACCCCUUCGACCCUGGGUACGAGUGCACACAACCCGAACGCGAAGAUUGACGAUAUAGUGAAGGACAAGAUUGAGAAAUGGAAGACAGAGGGGCUUUUACCGGAAGACUACGUGCACGAAGACCGUGUUUACGAUCGCGGUGCUGCCUUCAAGAACGUUGCUCGCCAGGAGAAGUGGAAGAAGUGGCCAAAAAUAGUGAAGAGCAAGAAAAUGGGUUAUACAGGUGAUCCGUGA